AUGCACACUCCAUCAUUUCUGUUGGCUUCGGUCGUCGCUUUUUCCUCAUUGGCCAGUGCAGAGGUGGAAAGGCCCAAAUUUUACUAUCCACGACAGAUAAAACGUGCCAUCAACACAACCGUGACAGCACCUGAUGGGGAAUUGGUAAAUGCGCCAACCACACCAUUCACUCAGACAUCGUUGUUUUCACGUCGAUCAUUAUCAGAUAUAUUAGGGCAUGGAAGCAGUUCGGUCAGGGAUGUGUCAGUAAACUUGGAGGCAGCGACAACUGGUUCACCAAACGAUGAUUUAUUAAAUCCUAUCCAGCCUACCACGCCUUCGCCCAGUUCCUCGGCUUCAAGCUCUACUUUAAGCUCCAGUUCAAGCUCUAGUUCAAGAUUGAGCCCAAGCCCCAGGCCUUCCACCACUAGCGGAGAUUCGUCCGCAACGACAAUAAUCGUUUCCAGUACUGUAGUUGUUGAUCCAUCAACUCCGUCUCCAUCAACAUCCUCAACUCCGAAGGUAUCGAGCCCUACCCAGGGAACAUCGACCAGCCGGAGCAGCGUGGCACCAACUGGAUCAGCUCCUGCUGUAACUGUUUCCCCAACUGCAUCAUCGAAGCCAUCGUCUCCUGCACCAGGAUCAACAUCAUCUUCACAAGCACCAAGUUCGUCAAGCAAGGAGAACCCUGUAGCUCCAACUGGAACCGUUCCGCCUGUAAUUGUUUCACCUACGCCUUCUACUUCUAGAAGCUCAACGAUUGUGCCUACAUCUGCUCCCCAAAACCCUGGAGCAACCGGAUCAGCUCCAACAAGCACCCUUCAACCAACUGUACCAUCAUCACCAAAUCCCGUUUCUUCCCCAACUAGCGCGGCUUCACCUUCAAAGGCUCCUCCUAGCGUAGAACCGACCGAUGGAUCAACCGGACCCAUUCCACCUCUGAUUGGGUUACCUACUACAUCGUCGAAGACCCCUGAGGUCACCCCAAGUGCCAGUUCUUCAAAUACCGGAAUUCUCUUUGCCCCAGGUGGAAUUAUAAAAUCCAGCACUGCAGGCAACGACCGUGUUUCAACGUCCCAAGAACCAGUCACUCCAACUGCCGGUACAAGCCCUGGAGUCAAUGGACCUUCAACCGCCCCAACAGCCGGUGUGUCUCCAUCCCCAUCGCCCCCAGUUGGAACAGCUGGAAGUUCGAAACCUACGACUACUCCGACGGGCAUCUUGGCACCAAUUCUGACCAGUGCUACUAAUGCAGUUGGAACCGGCGUUGUCUCGCCAGUCUUGUCAGUUGCUAGCAGUGCUGUUUCGCAAGCUCCUAGCAAGCUUCUUCCAACCUUACCUACCACUGGCCCAAGUUUACCUACCACUGGCCCAAGUUUACCUACCACCGGCCCAAGUUUACCUACCACUGGCCCAAGUUUACCUACCACUGGCCCAAGUUUACCUACCACUGGCCCAAGUUUACCUACCACUGACCGAACUCCAACAACUGGCCCAACUGCUGGUAGCCCUACUGCUGGUACUCCUAUCUCCGUUCCCACACUAGGUGGUACCGCCGGUACCGCAUCCACUAGAAAUGGAAACCCUACUGUCUUGUCAACGAAGGAACCCGAUUCGUCAAAAGUGCCAACUACAACUCCUAGAACUCCUUUGGGAACGAUCGUGCCCAUUCUCUCCAGCUUGACUGGUGAUCUCCCCCUGACCAUCCCAACGAACAGACCUACUACCGUUCCCACGACUUUGCCCAGCGGCACUCCCGCAACCAGUGUCAAGCCUUCAACUGGCCUUCCUACUCUUCUUCCUACGAUUAUUCCCACAGGCACAAGCGGUGAGACUAGUACCCGAACUGGCACCCAAAGUACUGGGCAGACGAGUAAGCAAACGGGAAUUUCUACCGGGACCCCAACGAGUAUUCCAACCAAUGUCUCAUCUGGCACCCCUUCGCCAUCGGGUACAAAUAUUCCAACCGGUGUCACCUCGAAGAGUUCAAGCGAAAAUACAUCUGCCCCAACUGGUCCUACUGGAACUCCUACCGGACUUGCAUCAAAAACUUCAGGCUCUGUCACCACCGUACCAACUGUAUCUUCUACAGAUCCAAGCGUGAGCACCAACACAAAUAUUGCAAAUACUGGUUCAUCCAAGCCCACAGUCUCCAGCUCGCCUACAGAUUCAAUUUCAGUCUCAAGCUCACAGGCUCCAACUGAUAUUUCAACCACAGCACCCACUCGCAGUGCUUCAACUGUCAUUUCUGCUUCCAGUACCAAUCAUACCCUUCCGACCGCUACUCCCACUACUUCGCCAUCUAGUCCAAGUUCGGUUCCACCAUCUACCUCGGUCUCACAAUCAUCUGCGCCUCCAUCUUCCGCCCCUCCAACUUCUGCGCCUCCAUCUUCCGCUCCUCUUACCACCGCCCCUCCAUCUACCACGGCUCCUCCUCAAACCAUUUUGCCAACAUCUACCGAUACCUUUACGUCUAUGUGGUUGCCCACUACCUUGAUUGCAGCUCCAUCUUCCACUAUAAGCAGCUCUGGUGUAUCAAACACUCCUCUUCCAACAGGUAUCAGCCCACAGAUGCCCAAAGUUAUCCAGAACCCAAUGCAGCCAUCAAUCCCUGAAGGAGCCACAAAGAUUCAACUUGGUUUCAUGUUUCCAUUGAACUACGGAUUCGUUGUCGCCAACCCAAUCUCAUCAGCGCAGAUCUUUUCUUACUUACCAAAGGGUAUUGCAGAUGGAUUGGGGUUGAAAACUGAGCAGGUUGUAUUGACAAGUCUUGGUCCUCUUGACACCACAGCUCAACUUGGAUACAUCACCACCUUGGCCUACGCAUACAUCCCUACGACCAUGGUUAACACCCUUCGUUUGGAUCUUCUCAUUCCAACCGCACCAAUUUAUCGCAACGAUGAUGGUAGUGUUCAAACUCUGGUCAACUACAUCAACCCAGCCAUUCCAAUCACACCUGGUGCUACGUUGGAUGGAUCUGUUGCCGGUACUGGACCGGGAUCAUCCCCACCAUCCAAUGCUGGAGGCAAAGAUGGCGUUUUCAAUACCGAUAGCCAAAACCAAUCAACCUCUAUCAAGGGUUCUACUGUUGGGAUCGCCAUGGCUGCCAUUGGCGGUUCCGCCGCUUAUGGUGCAGCCAUGUUCUUGAUUGCCCGAAGAUACAAGAAGCGCAAGCAAAACCAUCGUCGUUCCAACUCACUUUUGAGCCCCAAUGAUAUGAGACCAUCUGGUAGUCCAGCUAUGAUGGGUGGUGCAGGUGCAGCUAGUGUUUACAUGUCUGGUGGACGACUAUCGCCUGGUUUAACGACAGUUCAUGACAGAAACAGCCGAGGAAGUGGAAGAAGUGCAGGAGCCUCCGCUCGUACCCAGCAGAUUUCGGGUCCCAUGAUGGCAGAGAACUCUCUCGGAUGGAACUGA